AACUUAGAACUCAUUGUACUUAGCAAUAUGUUCAAGUUCGUGAUCUUGUUGUCGGUUGUUGCCUGCGCCUUUGGCGCUUCUAUCCCUGAGGGUCUCCUCCCCCAGUUGGAUGGACGCAUCGUUGGAGGUACCGCCACCACCAUCGCCAGCUUCCCCUGGCAAAUCUCCCUCCAGCGUAGUGGCAGCCACUCCUGCGGUGGUUCCAUCUACUCUGCCAACAUCAUCGUGACUGCUGCUCACUGCCUGCAAUCCGUCUCCGCCUCCACCCUUCAGGUUCGCGCCGGCUCUACCUACUGGAGCUCCGGUGGUGUCACCAGCGCUGUUGCUGCCUUCAGGAACCACGAGGGUUACAACUCCAACACUAUGGUCAACGAUAUUGCUGUCAUCCGUCUGAGCUCUUCCCUGUCCUUCAGCUCCAACAUUAAGGCUAUCGGUCUGGCUUCCUCCAACCCAAGCAACGGUGCUUCUGCUUCUGUCUCCGGCUGGGGUACUCUGUCCUAUGGAUCCAGCUCCAUCCCCUCCCAGUUGCAGUACGUCAACGUGAACAUCGUCAGCCAGUCCGUGUGCGCUUCUUCUUCCUACAGCUACGGUAGCUCGAUCCGCUCAACCAUGAUCUGCGCUGCUGCCAGCGGCAAGGAUGCCUGCCAGGGUGAUUCCGGUGGCCCAUUGGUCUCCGGUGGUGUUCUCGUCGGUGUUGUCUCCUGGGGUAUUGGCUGCGCCUACUCCAACUAUCCCGGUGUCUACGCCUCUGUUGCUGAUCUCCGCUCCUGGGUUGUCAGCGCCGCCGGCAAUGUUUAAGAACUUGUUCAAAUAAAAGAAUACAAUGAUAUAACAAA